UCGAUAAGUCAAGUCACACAUGGAGGUUACGGCAUGUUUUUAGCAAAGAAAUAAAACUUUUAUGUAAAAAUGAUUUCGUGUAAAAAUUUGUUCGUACUCCGUGGCCGACUGCCGGCGAUCCGCGGCUGCCGCCAGUACCAACAAUAUCUGCGUGCAACGCUGACACCACACAGCUCCUCCAACAGCAGCUCCUGGCGCCCCACGGCACCGCACGCCGCCACCACAUUUAGGACACGCGAUGAGGGGCGACAGACAGUGCGCAGUUUUCACACCUCCGGCCGGUUGCUGGCCAAAGACUACUACCAGACGCUGGGUGUGGCCAAGAAUGCCAACGGGAAGGACAUCAAGAAGGCCUACUAUCAGCUGGCCAAAAAGUAUCAUCCGGACACGAACAAGGAGGAUCCGGAUGCCGGUCGCAAAUUCCAGGAGGUCUCCGAGGCCUACGAGGUGCUCAGCGAUGAUCAGAAGCGACGUGAGUACGACACCUACGGCCAGACGGCGGAGAACAUGAGCCGCCAGGGCGGUGGAUUCGGCGGAGGAGGCGCUGGCGCCGGUGGAGCAGGACCCUUUGGACCCGACGGCUUCUCACAGAGCUGGCAGUUCCGCUCGACCAUCGAUCCGGAGGAGCUCUUCCGCAAGAUAUUCGGCGAGGGAAACUUCCGCACGAACAGCUUCGACGACUUUGCCGACUCCAAGUUCGGUUUUGGGCAGGCGCAGGAGAUGGUGAUGGAUCUGACCUUCUCGCAGGCAGCGCGCGGCGUCAACAAGGACGUGAAUGUCAAUGUGGUGGAUGAGUGCACCAAGUGCGGCGGCUCCAAGUGCGAGCCGGGCACCAAGCCCGGCCGCUGUCAGUACUGCAACGGCACAGGCUUCGAGACCAUCUCGACGGGUCCCUUCGUCAUGCGUUCCACGUGCCGCUACUGCCAGGGCACGCGCCUCUACAUCAAGUAUCCGUGCAACGAGUGCGAGGGCAAGGGCAAGACGGUGCAGCGUCGCAAGGUGACUGUCCCUGUGCCGGCGGGCAUCGAGAACGGGCAGACGGUGCGCAUGCAGGUGGGCAGCAAGGAGCUGUUUGUGACCUUCCGCGUGGAGCGCAGCGACUACUUCCGCCGCGACGGUGCCGAUGUGCACACAGACGUGGCCAUCUCGGUGUCGCAGUCCGUGCUGGGCGGCACGGUGCGCGUCCAGGGCGUCUACGAGGAUCAGUGGAUAAACAUUGAGCCCGGCACCUCCUCCCAUCACAAGCACACGAUGCGCGGCAAGGGCCUGAAGCGUGUGAACGCGCACGGCCAUGGCGAUCACUAUGUGCACAUCAAGAUCGAAGUGCCGCGCAAGCUAACCAAGGAGCAGCGCGCCCUCAUCGAAGCGUUUGCCGAGCUAGAGCUGGACACUCCGGGCCAGAUCAACGGCAUCACCCAGCGCAAAAGUGGCAGUAAGAAAGCAACGUCGGGUGCGAGUGGAGCAGCUGGAGGGGCAGCAAAAGCAACAGGAGCAACCGGAGAAACAGCCAGCACAGCGAGCGAAACCAGCAAAGACAAGGAAAACACCGACAAAGAAUCCAAACCCAGUGGGGGAGCAGGACAAAGCGAAAGCGAAAGCGGAGGAGGCGGAGGCGGCUUCUUAAGCAAAAUCAAAUCAAUGUUCAACUGAUCAGCCGAUUGUGUUACGUUACGUUACGUUACAUUACGUUAUGUUUAAGCUAGAACAA